CCUCGCCUUCCUCUGCUUUCCUUGUAGCCCCGCGACUUCCAUGCAGGGGGGCGAAGAGAAGCUGGAAAGCCUUGGGCUUGUAUUUUCUUUAAGGGCAUUGAACAAUAGUAGACCUGCCAUUCUUAUAAACAGCCCUACAGUGACAAGCCAGUGUGCCCAAAGAGAGAUGGAAGAAAACACAACAUGGCCUAAACAACAGCAGCAGCAGAACAACUUUUCCUUAUUUCCUUCUACCAAAGGCUGGAAUUUCAGAGGGAAGAAACGCAAGCAGAGCACCCAGAGUGAAGAUGUAAUCAGUGUCUGCAGCUUUGACUCAAGUGAACCCAGUAAUAAACGGGUCAGGCCUCUUUCUAGAGUGACAUCGCUAGCCAGUUUAAUUCCUCCUGUCCGAGCAACUCCUUUAAAACGAUUUGGUCAGACACUUCAGCGUUCCAUAAGUUUUCGCAGUGAGAGUCGUCCUGAUCUUCUUUCCACACGACCCUGGACUAGAAAUGUACCCCCUGCUAGCACCAAGCGAAGAGACAGUAAACUCUGGAGUGAGACUUUUGAUGUUUGUGGCAAUCAAGUGCUCACAUCCAAAGAAAUCAAGCGACAAGAGGCUAUUUUUGAACUUGCGCAAGGAGAACAAGACUUGAUAGAAGACCUGAAGUUAGCAAAGAAGGCUUACCAUGACCCAAUGCUUAAACUUUCCAUAAUGUCAGAGCAAGAAUUAAAUCAAAUUUUUGGAACACUGGACUCUUUAAUUCCUCUGCAUGAAGAUCUUCUUAGGCGGCUGAAAGAAGCGAGAAAGCCAGAUGGAUCUACAGACUCUGUUGGCCACAUUCUUGUGGGCUGGCUGCCUUGCCUGAAUUCCUAUGACAGCUAUUGCAGCAACCAGGUAGCUGCCAAAGCUUUGCUGGACCACAAGAAGCAGGAUCAUCGGGUGCAAGACUUCCUACAGCGUUGUCUAGAGUCUCCUUUCAGUCGCAAGCUGGACCUAUGGAAUUUCCUUGACAUUCCAAGAAGCCGUCUAGUGAAGUACCCAUUGCUACUUAGAGAGAUUCUGAGACACACACCAAAUGAUCAUCCAGACCAACAGCACAUUGAAGAAGCUAUUAAUAUUGUCCAAGGAAUAGUGUCAGAAAUCAACAAAAAGACUGGUGAAUCUGAAUGCCAGUAUUACAAAGAGAGGCUAAUCUAUCUUGAUGAAGGCCAAAAGGACUCCUUGAUAGAUGAUUCACGUGUUGUGUGUUGCCAUGGUGAACUAAAGAACAACAGGGGGGCGAAACUGCAUGUUUUUCUCUUCCAAGAACUACUGGUGAUUACUCGAGCAGUUACACAUAAUGAGCAACUCUGCUACCAACUGUACCGGCAACCCAUCCCUGUGAAGGAUCUUGUGCUAGAAGACUUGCAAGAUGGAGAGGUGCGACUGGGUGGAUCUAUACGUGGUGCAUUUAGCAACAGUGAGAGAAUUAAAAACUUCUUUAGAGUCAGCUUCAAAAAGGGAUCUCAAAGCCAGUCCCAUUCAUUGCAAGCAAACGAUGCUUUCAACAAACAGCAAUGGCUCAACUGUAUCCGUCAAGCCAAAGAAUCAGUCUUGUGUGCAGCAAGCGAGGAUGGAGUACCCAAUUCUGAAGGACCCUUAUUAACAUCAUCAAGUAGGAACAGAAUACCCCGGCAAGAAUCAAAACCUGAGCAAAUGGACCAAUCAGACAGUGGGUCUGACUGUAGUAUGGACAUCAGUGAAAUCAGUUUUGACUGUGACCACAUGGAGCAGACAUACUCUUGGGAAACUGACAAAGAGAUUGAAAGCAAUGUCUGACAAAAACUUCACAGUGGUCUUCUGUGUCUUACUUGUACAGUAUUUGCACUCCAUACAUGGAGCAAGAAGCACUUUUUAAUAUUUUUGUCACAUUGUCAGCUCAGUCUCUAUUAUAUUCGUACCUUUUGACCGUAGUACUGUAACUGCCAGUGUAUGUAAUUUGGCAUGUAUAGCAAUUAUAAUCCUAUGAUAAUUUUAUAAAUGUCUCAGUGGCUGAAAGAGGUACGUGACCCAUUAUUUCCAAUGUCCUGCCAGUAGAUAUAACCUCUAAACUACUGUUUUUAUGCAUAUUACUUAAAAAGUGUAUUUGUUUUAUAAAGUGCCCUACUUUGACCUCUCACAAGGCAGCUGAACACAAGGAAGACAUAAACAAAGCGUUUUAAGGUCAUCAAAGCCAUAAAUUGGUUAAUGACACAUGCAAGUUUCAAAAAGCUUGAAAGGCUAAGAUUCUCCUUUCAUGUAUGAAUGAACCAUUGCAGAUGGAGCUUCCAUGUCACCUCAAACACAGCUCUUUUCAAUGGAGUCCAUUCACACAUUAUCAGUUGUGAGUCAUGAAGUAAUAAGCAAUCAAGUGAUGCAUAAGCAUUUGUGAACCUGCCCUGUGUCUUAGGAAAAGCUAAGCUAGCUAUAUUUCUAUAAAAUCAGCAGGACCGUUAAAAUACAGGUUGAUUCCUAAAUCCUUAAUUUAAUUAAACAAUUCCAGUCAGUGCAGAAGAUAUAUUCUCUCAGUUCCCAGAUGCAAACCAAAUGGUCAUUUGAAAGUAAAUGGUGUGCCAGUACUGAAUUUUCAGAUGGAAAUCCAAAACUUUAUGUGGUGGUGCUUUCUAGUAAGUUGGUGGUAGUGCAUUUACUAUCCCAAUUAUAAUAAAGGAUUAGAAGAGCAAGGAAGCUGAAACAUUGAAAUAACUUUGUUUACAUUGGUUUUGGGUUUUUAAUGCGGCCCUUUCUGUGUGCACUGCCAGGCAGUUUGCAUGCAAAAUGAUGUUUUACGAUAUCCCUUCUAAAAGCUAUAUCUGAUAUAUAGUGUGGUGUAGUGGUUAAGGUGCUGGACUACGACCUGGGAGACCAGGGUUUGAAUCCCCACACAGCCAUGAAGCUCACUGGGUGACCUUGGGCCAGCCACUGCCUCUCAGUCUCAGAGGAAGGCAAUGGUAACCCCCCUCUGAAUACCGCUUACUGUGAAAACCCUAUUCAUAGGGUUGCCAUAAGUCAGGAUCGACUUGAAGGCAGUCCAUUUCCACAAUGUUACAUUGUCCUCAGGAUAGCUGUCUACAAAAAUAAGCCUUCCUUCUGUCCUUAUCCCCAGUUUGUCUCUAGCAUCUGCUGCCUGUUCUCAUAAUAUAUGGAUCAUAGAUACGGACACUUUUAUUGACACUCCUGUUUGGGGAACCUGUUCUGUGUCAUCAUCGCAAGCCAAGAUGGAGAACAAAACCCAGGUGGGCUCCCCAGACUUACAUAAAAAGAACGUUAGGAGUAGGAGUCCACCACACACAGCUUAAAAAUGUUAGUUAUUCAUUGGCUGCUUUCAGAGAAAUCCCUUUCAUGUUCUUUUGGUGUGUUCAAUUAAGAUUAUAACUGGCUUAAUUAAUUAUAAUUAAAAUAAGAGGUGACUGCAAUUUAAGACAAUGAUUUACAACAGUUUUUCUAACAGAACCCACCAAAGUAAUUUUGCUUAUUCAGGGGUCACCUAUACACCCCCAUACCCACUUUUAAUGACAUCUGACUGCAGCAUUCACUAACACUGCAACUCUGGCAACCCAACCACAAGGACUACCACCUUUUAAAAAAAGUCUGACCCACUCUUCAAUAGUCUGAAGAACACCUCUGACUAACUUUGCACCCUUAAAGUAGGUAAAAUGCCAAUAAAAUUGGUAGUUAUGGAUCAAAUUCUAAUUUCAAAUGUAAGUUUGAACAAUACUGAAAUGCUAAACUUGACCCAUUUCUUAAGAAGAGACUUGACAUUUACAAGCUAGUGUAUUGAAAUGAUCUCUGAUACCACUAUUACUAUUUUCUGUACAGUGUAGACUCCACUCUCAGCACAAACAGUAAUACUGCUAAAAUAUUGCCAGAAUGUAUACUUCAGAUGUUUUACAUGUUUACAGAAAAAGAUAAACUAGAAGCGUAAAUAAGAUGUCAAUUUUAAUUUGUAAAUAUGUUUUGCUGUGCAUUAGAUGAUUAUUGUGCUGAGAUAAUAAUUAUAAAAGCAGGUUGUUACAUAUAUUUUUUCAAAAAAAUAUUAUGGCCAAUUUUACUCUAUAGAACGUAUUUCUGUAUGGAUAAGUUUAAAACAUUAUGAUUAUUUUCUAUUUCAGGCUUGUAAUUUAUUUAAAUUGCUUCAUUUUGGACAUUGAGUAUUAGCCAAUCAAGAGAAGUAGAAUAAGAGACAAUGGGAGUAUUUACUAAAUAGAAGGACAUUGAAAGUAUAUUAAGAUGUGAACUACUGAAAUGACAAACACUUGCCAAAAUGUUGGAGAAACUUUGUAAUGUUUGAUUUAUUA